ACAUACCUAUUGCAGUAGUCAAAUGUCAAUCGUCGUGCAAUGAACUUUCUCGAAAUUUCGUCAAGUCGUAAACCAAUGUUGUGACUUGUGAUUGUGUGAGUUCUCAACCUUUUGUUUGCCAAGCCUUCACUAUAUUCAUAAGAGUUGAGAGUUUUCAUAUUCUAUGGUCAAUGUUAAUAGAAGCUAAACAAUUUGCAAGUGAACAUUUCAAAGGAACGUUCUAAAAUUUAACGCGUCAGAAAAUACAUUCCAAUAUACGAAUCAGCAAUAAAUCGAACAGCUUUACUCUCUUGGCCUUUACAACAAAACAAACUAGACAUGUUUCCUUCAUUGAUGUCAGAUAUGUUCGGUAAUAGAUACGGGCAACGUGGUAUGAAUCCAAUGGAGUCAAUAAUGAAUUCGGUUUUUGGCGGAGAAAUGCAUAAUGAUAUGAGCAGUAUGAUGAUGCCUUUUGGAGGUACUUUUCCUUUUGGCUCAAUGAUGCCUCCUAAUCCAAUGAUGAAUGGUAUGAAUAAUGCAAUGUCCAUGAUGGGUAAUAGUAACGGUAUGGGCCAAUCCUUCAGCAGCACAACGUUUAUGUCAUAUUCGUCAAACGGACCUAACGGCCAACCUCAGGUUUACAAAGCAUCUACGUCUACACGUACAGGUCCGGGAGGUAUUAGAGAAACCAAAAAAGCAGUAAGCGAUUCAAGAACUGGUGUUAAGAAGUUGGCUGUUGGACACCACAUCGGGGAUCGUGGACAUAUUGUAGAGCGUCAACAAAAUUUAUAUUCUGGCGAACAAGAAGAAAACCAAGAACUCAUUAAUUUAGAUGAUGAUGAAGCUGAACAAUUUAACAAUGAAUGGCGCCAAAAAGCACAAUCCGUGAACUCUCAUCGUACUCGUUAUGUACCAUAUGCUCCAAGAAUUCAAAAUUCUUCAUCACAUUCCCGUAGAAAACAAAUGAAAGCCUUACCGUCUACAACAUCACAUACCAACGGAGAUAUACUGGCUAUUGAAGGACAAAAACCCAUCGAGUCUGGAAGGAAACGGUCAUCCAAACAACGUUCUCAGAAAAAAUCCAAUAAUUAAUCUGCAAGAUUUAUGAAUGGCUUGUAAAUGGUUUCUCUCCUUGUUAAUUAUAAUUAUAUACAGACGGUCACAAACGUGUGUUUUCUCAUAAUCGUAUUAUUAGCUUUGGUUUUUCUCAUAUAAUUUUAUGUUUAUACAAGAUAUUACAACAAUGUAAGAAUGAUGUAAUUAUUUUACUUCUAAUAUUAUUAUCUAUUAGUAUACAUUUUAAUUUUUAUGUACUUAGAUAACUCAUAAAUUUAGGUACUUAGUUUUGAGCUGGCUUAACAGCUUUUUUUAUGACUGCUAUAAAUGUACGACUAUUCAUUUUUUUUAUAUAAUUAGCUUCUUAUAAUAGGUUU